AUGUCCCAGCGAGAAGCUUCCCUGCUGGAGCUCAACCGAACAUGGAGCGAGGAUGGGACCUUCCCCCAUUCCGGACAACAACUCCAUUGGGCUGCAUUACUCAUCAUUCUGAUCAUUAUUCCCACCAUUGGUGGAAACAUCCUGGUCAUUCUGGCAGUGUCCUUGGAAAGGAAACUCCAGAAUGCCACUAACUUCUUCCUGAUGUCUCUGGCAGUGGCCGAUCUACUGGUGGGAUUGCUAGUAAUGCCAAUCGCUCUGGUGACCGUGCUUUUCCACUCCAGAUGGCCCCUUCCAGAGUUCCUUUGCCCUAUCUGGCUGUUUCUGGAUGUCUUGUUCUCAACAGCCUCCAUCAUGCACCUGUGCGCCAUCUCCUUGGAUCGCUACAUAGCAAUCAAGAAACCCAUCCAGCACAGCCAAUUCAAGUCCAGAGCCAAAGUGCUGGCUAAGAUAGCACUUGUCUGGUUGAUCUCUGUAGGUAUUGCAAUACCUAUUCCAAUCAAAGGGCUACAAGUUUUGGAUCAUCCAAACAAUAUCACCUUCAACAACAACCACACCUGUUUGUUAUCCCCAGAGGGUUUGGGGGAUUUCAAGGUGUUUGGAUCAUUGACAGCUUUCUUUAUACCCCUUGCAAUUAUGAUGAUUAUCUACCUGCUGACAAUCCAAGUACUGCGUAAGAAGGCCUACCUUUUGAGGUCAGGAACAUCAAGGCCCACCAUCUCUACUGUUUUCCAGCAGGAAUUGCCAGUGACCUCUCCACCUGAGGAACUGGCCAUUCUAGAUGGAAUUAAAAGGGACCGGAUGUUAAACCAUGUUAAUCCCUUCACGGGGGAGGAGGUCCCAAUCCGCAGAAUGUCCAGCAUAGGAAAGAGGUCCAUGCAAAACUUGAGCAAUGAACAAAGGGCAUCAAAGGUCCUGGGGAUUGUAUUCAUGUUAUUUGUUGUGAUGUGGUGUCCUUUCUUCAUUACUAACGUGACUUCUGUACUCUGUGAAGGGUGCAACAGUCAUCUAGUAGAACAGUUGUUGGAUAUCUUUCAAUGGGUGGGCUACAUUUCAUCGGGCAUCAACCCGUUGGUUUACACCUUGUUCAACAGGACAUUCCGGGAAGCCUUUAUGCGCUACAUCACAUGCAAAUAUAGAAGUAUAAGUACUCCAAAAAUGCAGCAGAGGACCAAAAUUUCUUUUCAGUCAUCCAUGGCAGAAAACUCAAAACGGUUUAUGAAACAUGGUAUGAAGAAUGGGAUUAGCCCUGUAAAUUAUCAAAGUCCUCUUCAGUGUCACCCACUGCACCUACAGACUUCUGCCAACAUUACGUUGGACACAUUGCUCUUGACAGAGAAUGAAGGCUGCAAGCCUGAUGAAAACAUCAGCUAUGUGUAG